AUGUCGGAAUCAUUUAGUUCCACUCAGAAAUAUGAACGUCAAAAUAAGUUAGUGACCAGUAGUAAUAUCGUUGUUUUGUUUUGGGGUUUCUUUUUCAGAUUGAGUGGCUGUAACCUUUCCGAGAGAAGCUGUGAAGCUCUGUCCUCAGUUCUCAGAUCCCAGUCCUCUAAUGUGAGAGAGCUGAACCUGAACAAUAAUAACCUGCAAGAUUCAGGAGUGAAGUUUCUGUCUCUUGGAGUGGAGAUUCCACAUUGUAAACUGGAAUCUCUCAGACUUAGAGGUUGUAACCUUUCAGAAAGAAGUUGUGAAGCUUUGUCCCCAGUUCUCAUAUCCGACUGCUACAGUCUCAAAGAACUGGACCUGAGUGACAACAAUCUGCAGGACACAGGUGUGAAGCUUCUGUCGCUUGCAGCAAAGAGUCCACACUGUAAACUACAGACUCUAAGAUUGAGUCAUGGUAAUCUCACAGAGAGAAGUUGUGAAGCUCUGUCCUCUGUUCUCAACUGCCAGUCCUCUAGUCUGAGAGUGUUGAACCUGAGUAACAACAACCUGCAGGAUUCAGGCGUAAAGCUUCUGUCUGCUGGACUGAAGAGUCCACACUGUAAACUAGAAGUUCUUGUACUGAGUGACUGUGACCUCUCAGAAAGAAGUUGUGAAGAUCUGUCCACACUUUUCAGUUUGGACUCAUCUAGUCUGACUGAGCUGGACAUGAGUAGCAAUAACUUUCAAGAUACAGGAGUGAAGCAUCUCUGUAUUGCACUGCACAGUCCACACUGUACACUCAAAAUUCUCAGAUUAAGGAGCUGUAAUCUCUCAGAGAGAAGCUGUGAAGAUUUUUCCUCAGUUUUUAGCUCCCGGUCCUCUAGUCUGAGAGAGAUAGAUCUGAGUAACAACAACCUACAGGAUUCAGGAGUGAAGCUUCUUUCUGUUGGCGUGAAGAGUUCAAAUGAGAUGAAAACUCUCAGACUGAGUGGCUGUAAACUCUCUGAGAUAAGCUGUGAAGCUCUGUCCUCAGUUCUCACCUCCCAGACCUCUAGUCUGAGAGAGCUGGACCUAAGUGACAAUGACCUGCGGGAUUCAGGAGUUAAGCUGCUGUCUUCCGGAGUGGAGAGUACACUCUGUAAACUGGAAAUUCUCACGUAAGGAUUUAACUUUUCAAUAAAGAUAAUUUAUUGCAUGAAUAAAUGGUCAUUUAGAUUAUAACUCAUUUAGAAUUGAAUCUGUAAAUAUGUAUUGGCACGUUACCAUUUCUCUAAAUCUUCCAAAUUCUACCCAUUUAAAACAUAUUAAUGCUAGUGGCUAGUAUCAUACAUUAAUAAUAACUGGUCCACAAAGUCUAGUGUGCACCAAAUCUACUGCUGCACACUGAACUUGGCGGUGAAACUCUGCAGUAAUGACUUGGAAUUUGUCUGUGAGUUCAGUUAUAGGGGGAAAUGCUUAUGCAGUUCUAGGAUACCCAAAACUUGGCACUGAAGCUGUGACAACUGUCAAGAGAGGUUGGACUGAAAGAGAUUAAGUCCAUCACUUCACAUUACAGCUAAACAAUGGUGCAAGGUCUCAAAAUCCAGCCUUUUGUUUUUAAAAUGUUAGAGUUUGAUUAGUGAACUUGUUCCAAUAUCUGACUUGUGACUGAUUCAGUUUGUAUGUGUGUGCCUCUGUACUGGGAUUCUUAAAUAAGCAGAAAUAUAAGCAUGGCACACAGCCAAGAGCUUGUCUGCCUUGUCUAUAGUGCUUGGACAGAGUGACUAAAUAUACAUUUAUAGAACAUUUUAUCUAACCAUUACAUACUUAAUAAAAUAAACUAUCCUGAAGUAUAUUGUGAUUGGUGAGCUAAGAGUCUCUAGAGGAAAAAUUGAGAGAAAAUAUUCCUAUGUUUUUGAAUUAAACAUGGAUGUAUGAUGAUGAUAGCUGGAUAACAGGUGAUUACGCCAGAGUAGCAAACACUACCCAAAAUCUUUGGACCCAAAAAUUGUUUAGUUUUUUUCUGUUCAUCUUUGCUAGAUUAUAAAUUCAGGAAAAUUUGUCACAAGUGAGUCACUGUGGUUGUGUUGGUUAUUCUGUCACAAACACCAUGCUG